CUUAAUUUUCAAGAAACUUUUAUGCGUCUUCUGAAUUUCAUUCUGGCUUCACAUGCUCCUGUUGUAGGAGGUGGCCAAUAUGGUGAUGUUUAUGAGGGAUAUUGGAAAAAACAUGAGAAGGUUGUCGCCGUGAAGACGCUGAAAGAAGAGGCAAUGGCACUGCAUGAUUUUCUGGCUGAAGCAGCAAUCAUGAAAGAUUUGCACCAUCCAAAUCUGGUGCAGUUGAUGGGCGUGUGCACUCGUGAGCCGCCUUUUUAUAUUAUCACCGAAUAUAUGAAUAGGGGAAAUUUGCUUGAUUAUCUCAGAAUGUCGACGAAAUAUUUGACUUGCUUUUAUCAUAUUUUUCAGAAAUCUGUUGUGGAUAUUUUCUUUUCGCCAUUUUAG